AUGUUGUUCAACAGUAUUCUUGCGACAGCCACUCUCCUGCUGUCUUGCAAUCCUCUCGUUUCUGCUCUCCUGGGUGGAAACAAGUUCCAUUACAUUGACCCGAAAUGGGCAAAGCAUGCCAAACGCGCCUAUCUCCCGAAGCCGGCCACGAAUGUGAGCACCUUCACUACCCCCACGGGUGUUAAGAUCAGCUACAAGCUGCCGGGUGAUGCUGGUAUCUGUGAAACAACGCCGGGUGUCAAAAGUUUCUCGGGAUAUAUCAGUUUAAGCCCUACUAUACAUACGUUCUUCUGGUUCUUCGAAUCACGCUCGAGUCCUGCCAACGACCCUCUGACCAUCUGGCUAAACGGCGGCCCCGGCUCGGACUCGUUGAUCGGCCUCUUCCAAGAGAAUGGACCAUGUCGCGUGACACCAACCCUCAACACCACCCUGAACCCAUACUCCUGGAACGACGUGUCCAACAUGCUGUACAUCUCGCAGCCCGUGGGAACCGGCUUCUCCUACCAAGAAAUCGCCAAUGGCUCGCAGGGCAACAACUACGCCGGGAUCUUCCUGAACGGCUCGUCCAGCAAGAUGUUCCCCGAAGGCACAUUCCCCAUUCUCGACCCCGAUAACGUGGGCAACGUGUCAACGACAGACAUGGCCGCCAUCGCAGCAUGGCACGUACUGCAGGGUUUCCUCUCCGGGUAUGAGAAAUUGGGUGCAGUCAUUGGACAAUCGAAGGAAUUCAACCUCUGGACCGAGUCUUACGGGGGGCAUUACGGGCCAGGCGAAGAGAUCACAACACUUGCUAACCCUGCAACUCCAGCAUUCUUCAACUACUUCCGCCAACAAAACGCAGCGAUUCAGAAUGGCUCGAUGCCGGGCUACCCACUCAACUUCAACACUCUCGGCAUUGGAAACGGCAUCAUCUCCGAAUACAUCCAGGCGCCCUGGUAUCCGGAAUUCGCAGUGAACAAUACAUACGGCAUCAAGUGCUACAAUGACACCGUGUACAACUUUGCCAAGUUCGCCGCCUACUGGCCGAACGGAUGUCUGGCGCAGAUCGAAGGGUGUAUUCUGGCCGCCGCGCAAGCCGCUCCAGGAGGUGUGCUCAACGUCAGCGCGGGACAGGUCAUUACGCAGCAGGCGCUCAAGUAUCCGGAGAUUGACACAGUCUGUUCGGAAGCGCAAGACUCAUGCCGUGACAACGUUGAGACGCCGUACUACAUCUACUCUGGACGUGGCGCGUACGAUAUCCGCCACCCCUCCAACGACGCCACGCCCCCGGACUUCUUCGUUGAAUACCUCAAUCAAGCCUACGUGCAAGACGCCAUUGGCGUUAGCGUGAAUUACACCGAGUCCAACGACGACAUCGGUCUCCUCUUCCAAUCGACCGGCGACUUCAUCUACCCCAACUUCCUCGCGGACCUCGAAGCCAUCCUCGACGCGGGCGUGCGCGUCUCGCUCUACUACGGCGACGCAGACUACAUCUGCAACUGGUUUGGCGGACAGGCGGUCAGCCUUGGCCUCAACUACACGCACGCCGCGCAGUUCAGGAAGGCGGGAUACGCGCCGUUGAUGUAUGGUGGCACGCAGUAUGGCGAGGUGAGGGAGUAUGGCAACUUCUCAUUCACGCGGGUGUACGAGUCAGGGCAUGAGGUGCCUUACUACCAGCCUCAAGCGGCCCUCGCCAUUUUCAACCGCACGCUGCAGCUCGUCGACAUUGCCACGGGGUUGAAGAAGGUGACUGAUACACUUGGCAGCACCGGGCCCAUCACUGCGACGGUAAGAAUUUCUAGGGAGAACUUGUUGGGCUGCUUCGAGAUCACCCUCAAUUGA